CCAUGGCAUCUGCUCACUGGGCCAGCCUCCUCUGCAUUCUGCUCUCAGGCUUGGCUGCCUUGGGCUUCCCGAGGAACCCAGUCCGACUGCUGGAGAAACGGAGCCUCCCAGCAGUGGUGAAUGGUAUCGAGAUCUACAGCACCAAAAUCAACUGCAAGGUGACCUCCCGCUUCGCCCACAAUGUCGUUACCACCAGAGCCGUCAACCGUGCAGACACAGCCAAGGAGGUGUCUUUUGAUGUGGAGCUGCCCAAGACAGCCUUUAUCACAAACUUCACCUUGACCAUCGACGGUGUGACUUACCCUGGCCAAAUCAAGGAGAAGGAGGUUGCUAAGAAGCAAUAUGAGAAGGCUGUGUCCCAGGGCAAGACCGCCGGCUUGGUCAAGGCCUCUGGGAGGAAGUUGGAGAAGUUCACCGUCUCAGUCAACGUGGCUGCGGGUAGCAAGGUCACCUUUGAGCUCACCUAUGAAGAGCUGCUGAAGCGGCACAAGGGCAAGUACGAGAUGUACAUCAAGGUGAAGCCCAAGCAACUGGUCAAGCACUUUGAGAUCGAUGCACACAUCUUUGAGCCCCAGGGCAUCAGCGUGCUGGAUGCUGAGGCCUCGUUCAUCACCAAUGACCUCCUGGGCAGCGCCCUCACCAAAUCCUUCUCCGGAAAAAAGGGCCACGUGUCCUUCAAGCCCAGCUUAGACCAGCAGCGUACGUGCCCCACCUGUAACGACUCCCUCCUCGAUGGGGACUUUACCAUCACCUACGACGUGAACAGAGAGUCUCCAGCCAACAUACAGAUAGUCAAUGGCUACUUUGUACACUUCUUUGCACCGCAAGGCCUCCCAGUGGUGCCCAAGAACAUAGUCUUUGUGAUCGAUGUCAGCGGCUCCAUGGCUGGGCGGAAACUAGAGCAGACAAAGGAUGCCCUCCUCAAAAUCCUGGAUGACAUGAGAGAGGAGGACUACCUGAACUUCAUCCUGUUCAGCAGUGGUGUGACUAUUUGGAAAGACCACUUGGUCCAAGCCACACCCGAGAACCUCCAGGAGGCCAGGAAGUUUGUGAAGAGCAUCCGGGAUCAAGGCAUGACCAACAUCAAUGAUGGGCUGCUGCGAGGUAUCAGCAUGCUGAACACGGCAUGGGAGGAGCACCAGGUUCCCGAACGAAGCACCUCCAUCGUCAUCAUGCUCACCGAUGGGGAUGCCAACACCGGUGAGAGCAGACCUGAAAAAAUCCAAGAGAAUGUGAGGAAUGCCAUCGGAGGCAGGUUUCCCCUGUACAAUCUGGGCUUUGGCCACAAUCUGAAUUACAACUUCCUGGAGAAAAUGGCCUUGGAGAACAACGGGCUGGCCCGGCGCAUUUAUGAGGACUCGGAUGCCAAUCUGCAGCUGCAGGGCUUCUACGAGGAAGUGGCUAAUCCGCUGCUGACAAGUGUGGAGGUGGCAUACCCCAACAAUGCCAUCCUGGACCUCACCCAGAACAGCUACAAGCACUUCUACGAUGGCUCCGAGAUCGUGGUGGCCGGGCGCCUGGCCGAUGAGGACAUGAACAGCUUUAAGGCGGAUGUGAAAGGGCAUGGGGCCUUGAACGACCUGACCUUCACGGAGGAGGUGGACUUGAAGGAGACAGAGGCGGCGCUGAAGGAGCAAGAGUACAUUUUCGGGAACUUCAUCGAGCGGCUCUGGGCCUACCUCACCAUAGAGCAGCUACUGGAAAAACGCAAGAACGCCCGUGGUGAGGAGAAGGACAAUCUCACUGCGCAGGCCCUGAACAUGUCCCUCAAGUACCACUUUGUGACUCCGCUGACCUCCAUGGUGGUGACCAAGCCCGAGGACAACGAGGAGCAGACGGCCAUCGCUGACAAGCCUGGGGAAGGUGGACCUGAGGGGGAUUCCACACACAGAGGCCUCCCGGACUGGGGAGCCCCAGGCCUGCUGAAGAGGGGGCGGGCCCAGGAGGAAGCCUGGUCAGGGGCUGGACAAGCCAUGUGUCAAGAGACAGACAGGUGUGCGGCAUGGGCCACUGCUGUGAAUCCCACCUUGGCCUUCUUGAACAGCUACCAGCCGCCUCAAAAACCCCCCUACUACGUGGACGGAGACCCCCACUUCAUCAUCCAAGUCCCUGAGAAAGAUGAUGCCAUCUGCUUCAACAUUGAUGAGGAGCCAGGCACAGUGCUGCGUCUCAUCCAGGACCCUGUCACAGGCCUCACGGUUAAUGGGCAGAUCAUUGGUGACAAGCAAACCAGCCAGGACUCCAGCCCUGGAAAGACUUACUUCGGAAAGCUAGGCAUUGCCAGCACUCACCUGGACCUCCGCAUUGAGGUGACCACGGAGAAGAUCAGCCUGUGGAACGAGGUUGGGCGUAGCACGUUCAGCUGGCACGACACGGUCACGGUCACACAAGCUGGGCUGUCCAUGACCAUCAACAAGAAGAAGAACAUGGUGGUUUCCUUUGGAGACGGGGUGACCUUUGUGGUUGUCCUGCACCCAGUAUGGAAGAAGCACCCCCUCCACCAGGAUUUCCUGGGCUUCUAUGUAGUGGACAGUCACCGCAUGUCAGCAUGGACGCACGGGCUACUGGGACAAUUCUUCCACCCGUUUGACUUCGAGGUGUCCGACAUUCACCCCGGCUCUGACCCCACAAAACCAGAUGCCACAAUGGUGGUGAAGAACCACCGGCUGAGAGUCACCAGGGGUUUCCAGAAAGACUACAUGAAGGAUGUCAGCAAUGGCACACAAGUCGCCUGCUGGUUUGUCCACAACAAUGGGCAAGGGCUAAUUGAUGGCACUCACACAGACUACGUCAUCUCCAGCCUGUUCUAAGCGGACAUCCAGACCCCCAGGGAGAUGCCUGGUCCAGGGGCUCCACAGGAAGGAGUGGAACAAUAAAGCCUAACACA